UCAGUUUGUCAGUUCACUUCGAACGCGAGAACUGUGCGGACGUGCAAAGCGGCAGAGCGGCGAAACAAACGACAAACUGAAAAACGUUCGGCCUAGUAACACAAAACAGUAACGGCAAAUAAUAUACAGAGUAAAAAAAAACACUCCACGUCGUCGCGCUCUUCUCUUUGCAUUCUCUUUACGCUAAAAAACUCGCAACAAAACUUCAACAGGCGCGCUUACAACAAAUAUAAAAAUAAAAAAAACAAUAAUUUUGCUAAAACAAGACUUUGUUUGUGUCCUUAAAAAACAUAACAAAAACAGUUGCAUUGCUGCCCACCGCGCGUUCCAAAUAAAAUUAACUUACAACUACAAAUCAAACACAAAAAACAAUCAGCUGGGGAAAAGGUGAAAAUCAAGAAGAAGAAGCAAUUAUCCAAUUUUCUGCUGCCCCUGGAAACAGUUUUAUUUUUUUUUUGUUUUUUUGUUGCAAUUGUAGUAAACAACAAGUAAAAGUGUGUGUGAUUUUUUUUGUUAUGAAAAAAUAAAAUUGUUCUAAAUUCAAAAGUCCUGGAUUAUUUUGAAUUUUGAACUCACGCAAGAAACAAAAACAAAAGAAAGACAAACGUGAAUGCAAAAGCAAAGUGAAAUCUUACACAGCAGCAGCGCAGCAGCAGAGGAGGAGCAGCGCACACACAAACAAACACACACAUGCAUAAGAAGUCAUUGCAAAAGUUUGCUUCCUAAAAAUUGCAUUGCAAACUAAGAGAGCGAACACGCUAAGAGAGUAAAGCAGUGUGAGAGAGAGGAGACGAGCAUAUGAACGAUUUGUAGUUUACCUUGUGUGGUUGUUGGUGUGCAGUUUGAGCAAUUGCAGCAGCAGAAAGAAGAAGAAGCAGCAGCAGACCAAGCGAAGCUGUGAAGAAGCAAUACAAGAAGAAGCAGCAAGACAACUCCAAAAGUUAUUUCACACACACACACACACACAUUGAAAGAGACGCUCGCUCGCACAAUGACCUUGCCAACAAAUACAAAUUCGAACGGCGGCAGCGGCGCUGGCAGUGGCAGCGGCAGCGACGAUGACUCGGACAUGUUUGGACCGCCGCGCUGCUCGCCACCCAUUGGUUAUCAUCACCAUCGGUCACGCGUUCCAAUGAUCUCGCCAAAGCUGCGUCAGCGCGAGGAGCGCAAACGCAUCCUGCAACUGUGCGCUCACAAACUGGAGCGAAUUAAGGACUCAGAGACGAAUCUGCGACGCAGCGUUUGCAUCAACAACACCUAUUGCCGUCUCACCGACGAGCUGCGACGUGAGAAGCAAUUGCGCUACGUUCAAAAUCUGCCAAAAACCGAAAACAGCAGCACGACGGAAUUGGCGCGUGAGAAUCUCUUCCAGCCCAACAUGGACGACGCCAAGCCCAACAUGAACAACAACAACAACAAGUCGUUAUAUGGCGAUAAUAAUGUCGCGAAUGCCACAACAGGACAACAACAACAACAGCAGCUGCAACAACAACAACAACGCACCAUCUGCUCCAUUGAGAAUCAUCAGUCGCCACAUCGUCCCAACUGCAAUACGAACAACUCCUCCUCCUCCUCCUCGUCAUCCUCCUCAGCGUCCUCAGUGUGUUCUGUCUCGUCGACAGCGGCACGCAAGCGCCAUCUAUCGAACAGCAAUCUGGUCAACGAUCUGGAGAUACUCGAUCGCGAACUGAGCGCCAUCAAUGCCCCAAUGCCGUUAAUUGAUCCGGAAAUUACCCAAGGCGCCGAGCAGCUGGAAAAGGCGGCGCUUUCCGCUGCCCGCAAGCGAUUGCGCAGCAACAGCAGCGAGGACGAAAGCGAUCGUUUGGUCCGCGAGGCUCUCUCACAGUUCUAUAUGCCGCCGCAGCGUCUCAUCUCGGCGAUCGAGGAUUGUCCGCUCGAUGUUGUCGGCAUGGGCAUGAACAUGGUGGUCGGCGGUGGAGGAGCAGGCGCUGGCGCCACCAAUUUGCUAGACGGCAGCGGCAACAACAUCAGCAGCAGCAAACGCAUCAAGCUGAGCAGCAACGUUGGUGGGGUGGCAAGUGAUCAUCUUGAUCUGGUCGAUUUCGAUAUGAAUCAGAAUCAAAAGGACUUUGAGGUGAUCAUGGAUGCACUGCGUCUGGGGACGCCAAGUCCGCCGAGCGGCGCCAGCAGCGAUUCAUGUGGACAGGCGGCCAUGAUGAGCGAAUCGGCGAGCGUGUUUCACAAUCUUGUGGUCACCUCGCUGGAGACAUGAAAGUAUCAGUAAGCAGUAAUGCAGUAAGGCAGUAAAGCAGGUAGCACAGGUGCAACAUGCUCCACAAAAAAGAAAAACCAACAACCAAUAAUAAAACAAAACAAACAAAAAUUUACAACAAUUUCAAAACAAGACAAAGAGCAAAGAGUUUUUAGGUUAAGUUUUUUAGUCGUAAGUUCUAGCAUCUAAGCCUAUAGUUUUAGUCUAGACUCAAGCGGGCAGGGAACAUGCGGGGGGUAAAAACGUAAAAAACGUUUAAAGUAAAAAGUACAGUUGAAAAGCAAAAAAACAAAUACAACACAGGUCGGUCAGUAUUACCCAGCUAUAUAGAUCGUAUAUACUCUAUAUAGUAUAUAUAGCGAGAUAUAGCCGACUUGCUGCAAAACGCGUCUCGCAAAUUGUGUACAAACUUUGUUUGUUGCUUUGUUUAAUUCUAUUGUAUUGUAUUUUUUUUAUACACAUAUAUAUUUAUUAGCAUGUAAGCGAGAGGAAAACACAAUAACAAAAAUCAAAGAAUUUGUAGUCAAAAAAAAACAAAAACCAAUCAAUAUCAAAAACAAAACAAAACAAAAAAAAAAUACAAAAACAGUGAGAGCGCCAGACAAAGACAGCAACAGAGCACUUUCAGUUUGUAGGGUGAAGAAGGGGAAGAGGGAAAAGCGCCCGCGACUCAACUUCCAAUUUUGCACAUUCCAGGCUUUAAUACUCGCGUCGUGUGCGCUCGCUUCUUCCCGAUCGAUAGGCAACGUUUAUCGAUUACAAACACUGUCAUUUGCUUGUUGCUGUGCUUCCAAAUCCAAAUCCAAAACAAAACAAAAGUGAAGAAAAAAAUGUCAACAAAAAAGAAAACAAUAUAUAUCGAAAAGAAAAUCAGUUCCUGCCGCUAAAGAAUUUUCCACGUUUCUUUUCACUUUCAGACAGAAUUUUUUUUUUUUUUUUCUUUUUCCAAUUCUGCUAGUCACAAAAAGCAAACGCAAAAAUCGAAGAGGAGUUUUUUAUGAUGGGGAUAUGAUGAUGAUGAUACACUUUAUUUGACUCGUCCCGCAUUCGCUUCCAAGCAAAUUCCAAUUCGAAUUCCAGUGAAGCAUCAAAAUGAAAAGAAAGAAAAAAACAUGAAAAAUACAAUCCAACAAACAAAAAAAAAAAAAACAAACUGUGAUCGUAGGUCACGUCGCACCUAUUAAAUAGAGAGAUUUUUGUUUUUAGUUUUAACAAAACGGGCACACUCUUUUUUUUCGAUAACUGGAAGCGAAUGUAGGCAAGGAUAACGGUUUCAUUUUCCUUUUUAUAUACAAAACAAGAAAUUUUCUAAUUUGCUACAAACUUUUUGAACUACUGUGCACAACAACAACAACAAGAACAAGAACAAAACAAACAUUUGUAACAAACAACAACAAAAUGAAUUAAAUAGCAAUUAAAGAAAAAAGCAAAAUAAAAACAUACAAAAAGUGCAAUUAGAAUUUUUUAAAAUAUUGACGCAAACAAAGAAACAAAAACAAAAAAAAUGAUGAAAGAAAGAAAGAAAAUCAACAAAAGUGCAUUCAAAAGAGAAUUAUGUAAACAAAUAAAAAUAUAGUAUUUAAAAACAAAUUGAACAUAAAUGGGAAAGCAACAACAAACAAACAAACAUCAAUUUAAGGCAAACAACAAAACAAAAAAAUGCAAAAAAAAAAAUACUACAAAAACAAAAACAAUUUUUUUCUUCGAAAAAAAAAAAGAAA